GCUCGUUGUACAUCCCGGAGGAACGAGGCGACAAAGACUUGACUGACAAGCGCGAGAGAUUGACUAGGGGGAGGUCUAUGACACUUCAUUUGCAUCUGUGGAGAGGAGGAGUGUGAGGAAGGUCUAGGGAAGAAAAAUGAAUAUCAGACAACAGCUGUUUUUUUGAAUGAUUUUUUUUCUCUUCCCCAUUCAUAAACCCAACACGGCAAUGUAGAGCCAGUCCUCCUGGCUGGAUGUUGCACGAUCUAGUCGGCUGCUGAAUGUUUCCGUUGUGGCUCCUUAUCUUUUCUCUGUUUGCACUUUUCAAUGUGCAACCUGAACAAUUCACAGGCUUGGGUUCUUUUUGACUAAACUGCACAUUUCAGAGAAGAACAGAGGAGCAGCUUGCGAUCCAAGACGGGAGUUUGGAUCAUGUGUGACGUUUUUUGAUACUCUUGACUUUGCAAAUUGAUUCCAAUUUCUCUGCCAACUUCUGAUUAGUAACUGACUUGCUGACCAUGACAGCCAUAAAGGGAGAUUCGGAGGACAGCAUCGAAAGCAUAAGGCCUUCGAAUCUGCAAGCCUUUGCCAACUCGUCCACGCUGCACGGCAUGAGCCACAUUUUUGCCUACGGACACAUGACAUUCCGUCGCUUCCUGUGGACUCUCUCAUUCCUGGGCUCUCUCGGGCUGUUGCUUUUGGUAUGCAUGGACCGUGUGUCGUACUACCUUGAGUUUCCUCACGUCACCAAACUGGACGAGGUGGCAGCACCAAACCUCACCUUUCCCGCUGUGACUUUUUGCAAUCUCAACGAGUUCCGCUUUUCCAAAAUCACCAAAAACGAUCUCUAUCACGUCGGGGAACUGCUCGCCCUGCUCAAUGAGAACUACCAGAUUGCAAACCCACAUCUAGCAGAGCCAGAAAUCCUUGCUGCUCUGAAGGAAAAGGCCAAUUUUGUCAACUUCAAGCCCAAGCAGUUCAACAUGACCGAUUUCUAUAACCGAACGGGCCACGACAUCAGCGACAUGCUUCUGCAGUGCACUUUCCGAGGCGACGAUUGCUUCCCUUUCAACUUCUCCACAAUUUACACGAGAUAUGGCAAGUGUUACACCUUCAACUCGGGCCUGGAUGGGAACCCAUUGCUGACGACGUUAAAAGGCGGAACAGGAAACGGGCUCGAGAUAAUGCUGGAUAUUCAGCAAGACGAAUACCUGCCAGUGUGGGGAGACACAGAUGAAACGUCGUACGAAGCAGGAAUCAAAGUCCAGAUCCACAGCCAGAAUGAGCCGCCCUUCAUAGACCAGCUGGGAUUUGGUGUGGCCCCUGGAUUUCAAACGUUUGUGUCUUGUCAGCAGCAACUGCUUCAGUAUCUUCCACCGCCUUGGGGCGACUGCAAAUCAUCUGCCAUGGAAUCAGACUACUUCUCCACCUACAGCAUAACAGCGUGUCGUAUCGACUGCGAAACCCGGUAUCUGCUGGAGAACUGUAACUGCAGGAUGGUACACAUGCCAGGCACCUCAACUGUAUGCACCCCAGAACAGUAUAAGGACUGUGCAGAUCCUGCCUUGGAUUUUCUUGUUGAAAAAGACAACAAGUACUGCGUUUGCCAGACACCUUGCAACAUGACUCGCUAUGGCAAGGAGCUUUCCAUGGUGAAAAUACCCAGCAAAGCGUCUGCCAAAUACCUGGCCAAGAAGUUCAACAAAUCCGAGCAGUACAUUGGAGAAAACAUAUUAGUCCUGGAUAUCUUUUUUGAGGCCCUGAAUUAUGAAAAGAUUGAGCAGAAGAAGGCAUAUGAAGUGGCUGGUCUACUUGGUGACAUUGGUGGGCAGAUGGGGCUGUUUAUAGGAGCUAGCGUCCUGACAAUACUGGAAAUAUUUGAUUAUUUGUAUGAGGUAUUUAAGGAUAAAGUAUUGGGCUACUUUCUACGUAAAGGACGGCCACGCCGGAGCGCAAGCGAUAAUCUGAGCACAUGCGACACGCUCCGGAGUCACUCGGACAGCCUCGGAUUCGCGCCGAACGUGCUACCUAGUCACCCGUCUCUAGGCAACUUCGAGGAGUUCGCUUGUUGACGACGCGGACGGGUUCGAGGACAAU